UUCACUCUCUCCUGCGCCGCCACUCACACCCUUCAUUUUUGACUCCACCAUUCCCAACUCUCCACACAACUCGACUCCUCUGUUCUUCUCUUCUCCUCCAAUGGCGUCUAUCACCAUAAACCAUUCAUUUUCCCGUAACCCUAACAUCUCAUUCCAUCCCCAAAAUCCUCUCAUUCAAACCCAAGCUCUCUUCAAUUUCAAACCAUCAAUCUCCAAAUGUUCCCCUAUUAUCCACUGCGCAAUCCGCCGUCGACCCGAAUAUACCCCGAGCCACAUUCCCGACCCGAACUACAUUCGCAUCUUCGACACCACUCUCCGCGACGGCGAACAAUCCCCAGGCGCCACAAUGACCACAAAAGAAAAACUCGACGUUGCGCGUCAGUUAGCUAAGCUUGGUGUUGACAUAAUUGAAGCCGGUUUUCCUGCUUCUUCUGAAGCUGAUCUCGAAGCUGUGAAAUUAAUAGCGAAGGAAGUUGGAAAUGGUGUGAAUGAAGAGGGACAUGUUCCGGUAAUUUGUGGACUUGCGAGGUGUAAUAAGAGGGAUAUUGAUAAGGCUUGGGAGGCUGUGAAGUAUGCGAAAAAACCGAGGAUUCAUACGUUUAUUGCGACUAGUGAGAUACAUAUGAAGUUUAAGUUGAAGAUGAGUAGAGAUGAAGUUGUGGAGAAAGCUAGGAGUAUGGUUGCUUAUGCUAGGAGUAUUGGUUGUGAGGAUGUUGAAUUUAGCCCAGAAGAUGCUGGAAGAUCCGAUCCAGAGUUCCUCUAUCAUAUCCUUGGAGAGGUCAUCAAAGCUGGGGCAACAACCCUUAACAUCCCUGAUACUGUUGGAUACACUGUUCCCAGCGAAUUUGGAAAAUUGAUUGCUGAUAUAAAGGCCAAUACCCCAGGAAUUGGAGAUGUGAUCAUCUCAACACACUGCCAGAACGAUCUUGGGCUUUCUACUGCCAACACCUUAGCUGGAGCAUGCGCAGGUGCAAGACAAGUAGAAGUGACCAUCAACGGAAUCGGUGAAAGAGCUGGAAAUGCUUCUUUGGAGGAGGUUGUAAUGGCCUUAAAAUGUCGUGGAGAGCAAGUACUAGGUGGCCUGUAUACAGGAAUUAAUACACAACAUAUACUCAUGUCAAGCAAGAUGGUAGAGGAGUACACCGGGCUUCAUGUGCAGCCACACAAGGCCAUUGUUGGAGCUAAUGCGUUUGCUCAUGAAAGUGGCAUCCAUCAGGAUGGAAUGUUAAAACACAAAGAUACAUAUGAGAUUAUAUCUCCUGAAGAUAUUGGGCUUAACCGAGUUAAUGAAUCUGGCAUCGUCCUUGGGAAACUCAGUGGGCGUCAUGCUUUGCAAGCCAAAAUGCUCGAGCUUGGAUACGAUAUUGAGGGAAAAGAACUUGAGGACCUCUUUUGGCGAUUCAAAUCUGUGGCCGAGAAGAAAAAGAAAAUUACAGAUGAUGACCUGAUAGCAUUAAUGUCAGAUGAAGUUUUCCAGCCUCAAUUUGUUUGGCAACUUGAAAAUGUACAGGUUACAUGUGGAAGUCUUGGCCUUUCUACGGCAACUGUUAAGCUCAUUGACGCUGAUGGUCAAGAGCAUGUUUCUUGUUCUGUUGGAACGGGGCCAGUUGAUGCGGCUUAUAAGGCAGUUGAUCUCAUUGUAAAGGUACCUGUAGCACUCCUUGAAUAUUCCUUGAAUGCAGUCACGGAAGGUAUAGAUGCCAUAGCUUCAACCAGAGUUUUAAUUCGUGGGGAGAAUGGCCAUACAUCAACCCAUGCUUUAACUGGAGAGACUGUACACCGUUCUUUUAGUGGAACCGGAGCAGAUAUGGAUAUUGUUAUCUCCAGUGUCCGAGCCUAUAUUGGUGCAUUGAAUAAGAUGUUGAGUUUCAGAAAGCUGGUAUCGAAACACAGCAAACCUGAAGGCAGUGCAGUCGUAUAGACAUCCGGUAUGAUCGAGUUUAUGGUUCUUAUGUCUCUUGUGACUGUGCUGCAGCUUUAUCAAUUGUACAGAAGUGGGGAGGCUGUCCAAAGAAUUUUGACCUACCUGUAUUCUCAUUUUUAGAAUUGUGGCGGCCAAAGAGAUGUCAUACGCCCUAUCGUUUCUCCAAUCCCUCUCCAUUCUUCUGCAUGUUGAUGUAUUACCUGUUGUUUACAUCUUAAUUUAAGUGCCUGUUAGUGCUUGAAGAUCAUCUAAGUUUUGUGGUA